UCUGCGGUACCUUUUUUUGAAAGUUCAAAAACAAGAUAUAAAUUCCGCCACCUCUCCCUCUCUCUCUUCUUUCUCUCUUCUUUCUCUCUCCUCACGCGCUCAAUUCCUCUCUCCCUCACUACUCACUACUCACAACUCACGCCAUUUUCACCGCUUCCACUCUCCCACGGCAGUUGCAACGGAUCCCUCCCCCCCCAUUCAAUUUUCCUCUUACUCCAAAACAUUCACCACCAUCUUCUCUUCUCCCUCAUUUCCUCUUCAUCUCUUUCUCUUCAUUUUCAUGAGACUUCCACUCAGAUGAUUCACCAUACCCGCUACAAGGUUGCUGCUACUCAUCUUGAUCCCACCUCAGUACGAGCAGGAAAUAGAAAGAAUGAGAAACAGAGAAACUUACGGACUAUGGGCUGUGAUUCCGGUUCUUGCAGUAGUGGAAUUACAGAAGACGACUCGUUCACUCUUGAGCUGGGGUGGCGAUCUUCUAAAGGCUCUUUCGGAGCUCCAGUGAAAAAACUAUUAGCAGAUGAAAUGUCUAAAGAAACUGAAAUGAAAAAGAGGUCGCCCAACAUUAUCGCCAAAUUGAUGGGGCUUGAUGGCAUGCCACCUACGAGGUGUGCUAAUAAUCGACAAAAAUGUCCAUCAGAGGGCUCCUCCCCGAGGUGUAUUUCAAAGGAGAAAGUGGGAAGGAGGGGCACAUAUUUUGAUGGUCAAGUGACUAAGAGAAGCUCAAAGGAUCAACAGGAAUUUAAGGACGUCUUUGAGGUCUUGGAAACGUCAAAGACAGGGCAGAGUAGAAACCCAGAUCAAGGAACUGGAUAUUUUGAAGUGACUGAAUCAGAAAUGGCAUUCAUUCGGCAGAAGUUCUUGGAUGCUAAGCGAUUAUCAACUGAUGAGAAGUCACAAGAUUCAAGGGAAUUUCAUGAUGCACUUGAUGCUUUAGAGUCAAACCGAGAUCUUCUACUCAAAUUUCUACAUCAACCUGGUUCGUUGUUCACUAGGCAUCUGCAUGAUUUGCAAGAUGUUGGCUCCUGCUCUGUCCGUGGUUGUUUACCUAUUGAAUCAUUAGAUAACAGGAAGCAUGACUACCCUGGGUUUCGGGACAAUUCAGAUAGGGGAACUCCUCCAAAAAAUAGAAGUAAAUCGAUUAACAAUCAUUCCAGCUACUCAGACAGUUCCUUUUCCGCCCAUUCUUCAAAGUCUUCUCAAAUUUUGGAAAGUAAAGACGAACUGGAUCAUCUUCCCACGAGAAUUGUUGUUCUCAAACCCAACAUUGGCAAAGUGCAAAAUGCUAGGAAUAUUAUUUUCCAAGCUCAUUCUUUUGAAGAAUGUUCAGAUCUUGGAGAGUUAAAAACUGUUGAACGGACAAACAAGGAAUUUAGGGGAAAGAAAGACUCCCUAGAUAAGAAAGUUGUAUCUAGGCACAGUUGCAAAGAAUCCAGAGAAAUUCCUAAUGGGAAAACGAGGCAGAUGAGAAAUGAAGUUAGUGUAUCCCCUUUGAAUUCAACAUGUUCCAAUUUCCAAGGAUACGCAGGGGAUGAGAGUUCUUGCAGUUUGUCUGGAAAUGAAUCGUCAGAAGAACCUGUGGUGAGGAAUGUUAAUUUAAAAAGUUCAUCCAACUUGAAUAUGGGAUAUCGACAAUCAUCUUCACGUCAUAAGGAAUCGUCAAUCAGUAGAGAGGCAAAGAAAAGACUCACUGCUAGGUGGAGAUCCUCCCGGAUCUCUGAGGAUAAGGGAGUUGUUAGUAGAGGCAGCACCCUGGCUGACAUGUUAGCUGCCAAUGCUAAAGAAGUUACACUUGCAGAUUCGUAUGCACAAAUUGCAGAGGAGGGAUUUGCAGGGAAAUUCUCUAACGAUGUGCAACCUGGUAAAAAGGUUGAACCUUUUGGCAUAAGCAGCAAUGAUGGCUGGAAAGACGGCAGUAUCAAACUAACCAGGUCGAGAUCUCUUCCUGCUUCAUCAAUUGGCUUUGGAAGACCUAAAACAAUGCACCGAUCUGACAAGCACUUAAUCUCAAAAGAGCGUAAACGGGAAAACAAUAAGUCUGUAAAAAUCAAUUUUGAUCAGAGGGAAUGCUUACCAUGGCAGAAAUCAACACCCAGCAAGAUAACACCUUCAUUUAAGGGAAACCAGAUUAGCACAAAUGCUUGCUCUCUUGAUCACAGUUCAUCUAAAAUGGCUUCUAUGGAGUUUGAGGCCUCCUGUUCCUAUGUCAAUGACAGAAAUCCAAUUUCUCAAAGUGUUGAGGAUGAUGGAGAUGGCUGCACAAUGACGUUUCAUGAAACACCUAAUGACUUGGAGUUGGACUCAUCAGAGUACAUAUCAACAGUUGGAAAUUCUUGUGUUGACCACCAAGACAAUACAAUACAAGAGGAAGAGCUAUCGGCAGCAAGUCCCGUGCUCUUGCACAAAUCUGUACCUGCUCUUGAAUCUCCAGCUACCUCGAAGGAGGCUGAUCAGCCAAGUCCAGUUUCAGUUCUAGAACCUGCUUUUGGUGAUGAUCUCUCCUCAUGUUCGGAAUGUUUUGAGAGUGUUAGCGCAGACCUCCAAGGUCUCCGAAUGCAGCUUCAACUACUCAAGUUUGAAUCCGAAGCAUUUACAGAGGGUCCCAUGCUUGUAUCCAGCGAUGAAGAUUCAACAGAAGUAUCUUCUGAGUUACCAAAUGAGAAGAAGGGUCCGUGGAGAACAAAGGAUUGCUGGGAGUUAUCUUAUUUACUUGACAUCUUAACACAUGCAGGGCUUAAUAACAAUUCCAAUGCAAGUGCUGUGUUAGCAACCCUGAACUCCUCCAAUUGCCCUAUCGAUCCAAAGAUGUUCGAGCAGCUUGAAGAAAAGCACAGUGUAGCUCCCUCAACGACUCGGUCUGAUAGGAAGCUACUUUUCGACCACAUAUACUCAGGAAUCAUGACAAUUAGCCAACAGUUGAUGGAUCCCCAGCCAUGGGUGAGGAGGGCGUCAAGAACACAGAUUUCUAGGAAAUGGAUGAUGAAGAAUGAGGAGCUCCAGAACAGAAUAUGUAAGUUUCUUCACACCCAAAUAGUUAGGAAUGAUAUAGUAGAGGAGUCAGAAUGGCAGGAUUUAGGAAAUGAAAUCGAUUUGAUAGGUAGGGAAAUUGAAAGGUUGAUGAUAAAUGAGCUUUUAGAUGAAAUAGUCACAAUGUGAUAUAGAGUUUUCGUUAUUCUUUUUCUUUUUCUAAAAUGUUAAAAGGUCAUAGCAUGAAAUGUGUAGAUUGAAAUGUUGUGUAAACCACUCAUUUCUUCAAUAAAUGGAAUUAAUGACCCUACCCUUUCUGUUCUCA